GAAUACAAAACAGUUGACUGCACCGGUUCCGCCAUAUUGAUUGGUCACGUUGAGUUCCAUUACGGCAUGGCUCAUUUCAAUCCUCCUCAAAUACAGGACAACCCAAGUGGGUGGGGUCCUUGUGCGAUUCCAGAUCAAUUUAAAGAUUUGCCAUACCAGCCAUUUUCCAAGGGAGAUCGCCUGGGAAAGGUAUCUGAUUGGACUGGUGCCACUUACCAAGACAAAAGACAUCUAGGAAAAUAUUCCUCUGCAUUUGGUGGGGGCGCAAGCCAGUAUGCUUAUUUUCAUGAAGAGGAUGAAAACAGCUUCCAGCUGGUGGAUACUUCUAAGAUCCAGAAACCUCAAUACCAGAGAGGCCGCAGAGUGUUCCAGCAGAACAAGCAGAGAAGGGAAAGAGAGAGAAGACAACAGCAGAACCAGGCCAACAUGCAGGUGCUCUCCAAGAUGCAGAAGAGUAGGGAGAGAGAUAGACAGAGGCAGUUGAGAAAGUGGCAGAAGCAAUUUGGAAAGCAAAUGCAGGAAAACAGAAACAAGGCGCCUCUGAAGAACAGGGAUGCCUCUGUUCAGGUUAAGGACAGCUGGGAGGUGGUGGAAGAGAUGGAUUUCCCCCGACUGUCCAAGCUCAGUAUGCCAUCAGUGGAUGAUGGAGAAGACCUGCUAAAAUGCGGCAGCAUGGAGUACUAUGAUAAGCAGUACGAUAGAGUGACAACCAAGAAUGAGAAACGAAUGAAGAGGAUAGACAGAGUGUUCCACAAGGUCACCACUACUGAUGACCCAAUCAUCAGACAGCUUGCCAAGUCCAGUGGAAAUGUGUUUGCCACUGAUGCUAUUUUGGCUACACUGAUGUGCUGCACAAGAUCUGUGUACUCUUGGGACAUCAUUGUACAGCGAGUAGGAAACAAGCUCUUCUUCGACAAACGAGAUGACUCAGAGUUUGACCUGCUAUCUGUGAGCGAGACAGCCACUGAGCCACCUCAGGACGAAGGAAACAGCAUCAACUCACCCCGAAACCUGGCUCUGGAGGCCACAUUUAUCAACCACAACUUCUCUCAGCAAGUGCUAAGAAUGGGGGAUGAAAAGUAUAGCUUUGAAAAAUCCAACCCAUUUGUUCAAAAUGAUGAUGUUUCUAAUAUAGCAUCUGUUGGAUAUAGGUAUCGUAAAUUCGAACUCGGAAAUGACAUUGAGUUGAUAUGUCGAUGUGAACAUGAUGCUGUACUGAUGGGACCCAAUGGAGAACUUCAAUUUAUCAACAUCAAAACCCUCAAUGAAUGGGACUCUAGGUAUAGUGGUGGAGUAGACUGGAGAAGUCGCCUUGACAACCAGAGAGGAGCUGUGUUGGCUACAGAGCUGAAAAACAACAGCUGUAAACUGGCCAAGUGGACUGUCUGCUCGCUACUGGCAGGAUCAGACCAGAUCAAGUUUGGCUAUGUUUCACGUGUGCAUCACCGAGACACAAGUAAACAUGUGAUCCUUGGAACACAGCAGUUUAAACCAACUGAAUUUGCGAAUCAGAUUAAUCUCAACAUGGAAAAUGCAUGGGGGGUUCUCAGGUGUAUUGUUGACACCUGUAUGAAACUCAAAGAAGGAAAAUAUCUGAUCAUGAAAGACCCCAACAAGCUGGGAAUAAAUAUGAAUCAGUAUCCAGCUGGAUUAGUUCCUAUGAUGGUUCCCCAACCAUACAUGAUGGCUGUGCGGUUACCACAAGGUGUGCAGCCCCAGAGGGGUCAGACUGCCUUAGGACAAGCAGGACUGAGUCAGGCGGCAUUGGGCCAGGCGGCAAUGGUAAGCCAAGCAGCUCUAGGACAGACUGCUUUAAGCCAGGCAGGUCUCAUCAGUCAGAGUCCCAUGGGUCAGACAGGAGUCAGUCCGGCACUGGUAGCACAGGCAGCUAUGGGACAAACCCUAGGACAGACUGCACUAGGACAGACUGCUCUAGGACAGACUGCAUUAGGACAGACUGCAUUAGGGCAGACAGCCUUAGGCCAAGGUGCUCUCGGACAUGGGGCAUUCAGCCAGGCUGCUCUAGGACAGGCAGCAUUAAGUCAGAGUAUGUAUGGUCAGGCAGCUUUAGGGGGAGGGACAGCCCUGGGUCACUCAGCAUUCUUACCUGGUUUACCUUUGGCGGCAGCAGCAGCUCAGAGGUUCGCUGCUACACCAACUCACGGCGGCUUACAAGCUUUGUCCUUGACAUCAGCAGGUCAGAGUCUUACUCCUCAACCACAGAUGUUACAACUAGACCCUAACGCUGCACUGAAACUAGCAUAUGCUGAUGGAGGCCGGGCAGCAAGUUUGGCAAGUAUGUAUGGUAUGGGUGAAAUGGUGCAACAUGUAGAAGAGGCUUCUGAGAAGUCCAUUGUAAUGUUGGAUGACUACAACAGUGAUCUUCAUCUAGUGCUGGAUGAUGACGGAUAUGGUGCCCGUCCUUUAUCUGAGCCAUCUGCAUUCUGUUUUUGUUGGGCAGGAGUAAAAGCAACCCAUGGAGUUUAUAGGGGAAAGGCGUACUAUGAGAUACAAGUGACAGAGCAUCAACAGACAGACUUUGGCACUGACCAUCAGGAGAAAGAUCCUCACAUCAUUCGAGUGGGCUGGUCUCUAGAAGAGUGUUCUCUCCAACUAGGAGAGGAGCCAUACUCUUAUGGAUAUGGGGGUACAGGAAGAUUCUCUCAGAACUGCAAGUUUGGAAAUUAUGGUGAGAAGUUUGGACAAGGUGAUGUGAUUGGGGCUUUACUAGACAUGGACACACAGCCUCCUACGAUAUCAUACAUGAAAAAUGGACAGUGGCUGGGAAUAGCCCAUACUCUGCAUGGAUUCACACCUGGCAUUAAGGAAAAGGCCCUGUUUCCACACAUACUUACAAAAAAUUCCAGAUUCCGUAUGAACCUUGGUCAAGAAGGUACAUGGUAUCCCCCUCCACAAGGCUACAACUAUGUACAACAGGUUCCUGAAAAGAUUAAAAGCAUGGAUGCUCCAGAGAAAAAGAAUGAAUGUGAAAUGAUCAUGAUCAUUGGAUUACCCGGUGCUGGGAAGACAACUCUGGCAGAAAACAUGAAGAGGAGUUACCCUGAAAAGAGAUACAACAUUAUAGGAACAGACACACUGAUAGACAAAAUGAAGGUGAUGGGACUGCCCCGCAAAAAUAAUUACAAUGGCAGAUGGGAAGUCCUUAUAGACAAAGCCACAAAAGCCCUCAACAAAUUGUUCGAAAUUGCUAAAAACAAAAAUAGAAACUACAUACUGGAUCAAACCAAUGUGUACCCAUCUGCAAGAAAAAGGAAAAUGAAAAAUUUUUCUGGAUUUUUUCGGCGUGCCAUGAUACUACAGCCAGAAGAUUCAGAAUUGACAAGGAGAGCUGAAAAGCGUACAGCUGAAGAUGGAAAGUUUGUACCAGAGUCUGCAGUAUUAGAAAUGAAGUCCAACUUCAAACUACCUGAUGAUAACGAUCCAUUGUUUGACAGCAUUGAGUAUGUGGAACUACAAAAGAGGGAUGUUCAAGCACUUGUUGAAAGGUACAACAAUGAUGGGGCCUCCCGUGGUCAGCCAGGCAGAUUUGGUCAGAAACCUUUCCAACCACCUGCAGACAUGCGCCAGGGUGGCUCAUAUACAAACCAAGCAAGUAAUGCACCUCCAUUACCCCAAACUCAGUAUGGAGAUCGAUUCCAACAAAGUGCAUACAUCCAAGGGCAGGAUUAUGGCCAGCAAGUUAGAACCAGAGAGUAUGAGCGCCAAGGUAAACAUGCAUCAUCAGGUGGAAGGGAAAGUGAACCCCAAGAGAAAAGGGGUAGAUAUGAAAACAGUGGAAGCUCUAGUGCUCUUGAUUUGCUUAAACAAGAGUAUGAGGAUGAUGAACCCUCACAACCACCAAUGGCAGCUUUUGUUCAAGGAAAAGAAAUCAAACAGGAACCUCAGUGGCCAAGAGCUGCUGCUCCAUUUGCCAUUGAUCCCCAGCAGUUAAAUGCACAGAGUUUGUUGGGACUUCCUCCAGGCCAUCUUCUUGCUGGACAACCAGUAGCGUUUGGGGGGUCAAACCUGCAGCUGAUAGGUCCAGCAGGACUAGCAGGUGCAGCAGAAAGAGCAGCGGUCAUUCCAGGCUAUGGGCAGGCUUUUGCUCAUGCUGCUGCAUCUCAACCAGAACUUGUAAAGGGUUUACAAGAAAAGAGAAAUCUAGCAGAAGCUGCUCUCAGAGCAGAAGCUGCUAAUGCUCUCUUAGCUCAGCAAACUGCUGCAAGUCAUGCUCAUCUUGCUGAAACACUGAAAAACUGGCAAAACCAAAACCAACAACAAAGCAAUAGCCGUCCAAGUAGCAGAGGGGGCUAUAGUGAUCAGCAGGGCAGGGGGCGACCUCAUUCCAACCCUUCUCAUGGUGCUGGUUUUGGACGAUCAAAUGAUCAGUUUUCUUUUAAUCAAAACCAAUCGGCAAGGGAUCAUGGGAGACCAGGCAGUGCCGAUCAGAGAGAUAGCUAUGGAAGAGGCAAAAAUGGCAAUUCUGGAAAUAGAUCAAAUUAUGGACAAGAUUCAAAUCAAAAUCAGUAUAACAAUUCAGAUUAUGAUAAAAACUCAGACUCCUCCCAAAAUAAUGAUAAACCAAGACGUGAAAGGAAAAGGCCAAGCAAAUGGGACAAUCCUGAAGAUACGAAUGCAACAGCAGCUGCGGAAAGUGGUGUAAGCCAAGAAGUGAUGGCCAAAGUCCAGGCAAUUCAGCAAAGUAUUCAGAGGCAACAUGAGCAGCAAGAGUCUCAGGCCUCUGAGGGAGGACCUUCAGGUGGUCCAUCUGAUGAGGGCAAUAAGCAAGAUAAUUGGCAUGAGAAUCAAGACAGCAACCAGUUUCCAGGAAAUUUCAUGGGACCUAUGGGCCCCAGAAUGGAUGGCGGUGGAUUUUUACCUCAACGUGGUGGUUUUGGCGGAAGACCACCUAGACCUAUGAUGGGCAGAGGUGGACCCCCAGGACAAAGACCCCCACCACCAUUUAGACCACCUGGUCUAAUGGGGGACAGGUUCCCACGCCCUGACGGAUUUCCACCCAGACCUGAUGGUUUUGGAGGUCCUCGAUUUGGAGGAAGAGGACCUCCUCCUGAUCAAAGAUUUGGAGGACCUGGAAGAGGUGGUCCACCUGGUCCUCCCCCUGGAGGACCUCCUGGACCCCCUCCUCCCGGUGGCCCCCCACCUGGCCCACCUUUCAGACCUCGAGGUCCUCCUGACCAGGGAGGUAUGAGAGGAGGCAGACCACCAUUUGGAGGAAGAGGCCCACCUCCAUUUGGUGGAAGAGGUGGAGGAAUGCAAAUGAGACCUAGAGGAGGACCCCCUGGAGGAAGAUGGCCCAGACCUUAAAUUGUUAUGAUUUUAAUGUUGUUGUUAUUCAUAUGACAAAUCAUGUAGUGUAAAUAUUAAAUUGUUUUCAGCAAAGCUGUUUUAUUUUGAGUAAAACAUUCAAAACAUUUUUAUUACUAAACAAUACACAAAUUCUAGGUCUUCUCUUCUCUUAACAAUCCCUUUUCCUCUAGGAAGAAGAAUUUGAACUAUCUAUGAUAGCCAUAUUAUUUUUAAUACUAAUUCCUUUCAUACUCCCUGAGAAUAUUUAUUGUAAUUGCUGGGAUAACUCAUUUCAGCCAAAUAAAUUGAUUCAUUAAAAUGUAAAUAAGUUAAUGGCUAUAGCAAUUUGCAGUUUUAAAACUUGUAUUUUGUUUUCAUUUUCCUUAAUUUACUGAUCAAAAGCCAACAAUUAAUAUAAUUAUACAAAAUUAAUUUUAAAGUCCAAAUUAUACAAGAUAUUUUUUUUUUUGAAAAUUUCCACUACCAACUUGAUGAUUAGAUAUACUUUAUGAUAGAAUACCUGACUUGAUUUUACAACGUUCUGGAUUUAGCAGUUCUCUUAUUAGUGAAACUAGUGUGAGAUGGCGACAUGUUUAGCCUUCGUUUUAGCUAUUCUUUGUAGCCAUGCCUUUUCUUUCAGGAACACGGAUUUUGUAUUGUAAUAAUUGACCAUGUGAUGUGUGUAUUUAGAUAAUUAGCAUAUUUCAUGACGAAUCAUAUUGUGUACAGAUUUACGGUGACUAUAUUACAAUAAUAUUGCUUACACCAUGACGUCAUUGCGUUAAUACGUUAGGCAUCCUUUGCAGGUGCUUUAUUUUGCAUGUACAGGUUGUGGAGUGAAUAUAUAUUUUUUUCUUCAGCUAUUUUGUUUUAUUAGAAAUUUCUUAGACAUUAAAGUAAUGAAAUGAUAUUUGAUAUCUUAAAAUAUGUAUUUAUAAGAUCAUGAUUCUAAAGUAUAAGAUAAUAUUUAAUCAGUUUGAUCGUAAAUUAUGAUUAAACUAUUUUGAAGGGGUUACUUUUAUGUUGGAAAUAUUAAAGUACUUCACAAUGAAAGUCAACAAUUAUUGUCAAUUUGAAAUAUUUUAAAGUUGUAUUAAGGAUAUUUUAAAUUGAAAUGUUUUAAAGAGUUAGAUGUAACCAGGAUAUUCAAUAUAAAAUGUUUUGAAGGUGUAACCAGGAUAUUCUAGGUGCAGCCAUUUUCAGGCGUAACCCAUUCACACUAGCAAUAGCAUGCUUUUAACUGUAUCAUCAAAUCUUUUAUGUAUAACCUCUGCAAUUGUUGUAUUUACUGGUCUAUGUUUUUGUGCUGUCUUUUGCAUAAACUCUUGACCGCUAGGUCUCCAAUACCAGUGCUACAAUGGUAAGCUUUUAUUUCAGCUUUCUCUUUCAGCAGUUUGAAGUAAAUCUUGUAAAAUAUU